UUCUUUUAAUACUCCAGACUUUACGCCGCAACAAUCAGCUCUUAGCAUGGUUGCUAAAUGUGCAAAUCCUUGUAAUUGGCACUUUGAAACUUACUUUUUGACUGCAUUUGCAGUAUUUGUGCUUGUUAGUAUGAGGACCCUGAGGAUGAACAUCACGUCUUGAUUUUAUAUGGUGUCGUGUCAAGAUUUAUUAAUUGUUCCUUUUAUAAUUUUGGCGUGACAUCACCCCUGUAAAGGAAAUACAUUGCUAGAAAUGCUUCGGAAGAGAAAGAAGUUUACAUGCCCAGCUAGUUGGUGAUCCUCUCGAGGCUUGUAGUGCCAGAUGGGGAUGGAUCCUCUGGGUGCUCGCUCCCAGUUUGUGGAUAUCCAGACUCUUCCCACAUGGCAGCAGCAGCUGGACAAUGACGGCGAGGAGAAACGGCUGGUCCGGAGCCACAGCAUGCUCAGCCAGAGUUUCCCCUCACCCUUCCCCUACAGACCAGAUAUCAACCGCAAGAUCAUCCUCUUUGUUGGUGACAUUGCUCUGCUGAAUUGCACCGCCGUCGUGAACACCAGCAACGAGUCGCUAAACGACAAGAACCCCACGUCUGACAGCAUCCAUCAGCUGGCAGGACCCGAGCUCCGAGACGAGCUGCUUAAACUCAAAGGAUGUCGCACCGGGGAGGCAAAGCUGACCAAGGGCUUCAACCUAGCGGCGCGGUUCAUCAUCCACACCGUGGGGCCAAAGUACAAAGCCAAAUACAGGACGGCAGCAGAGAGUUCACUAUACAGCUGCUACAGAAACAUCAUGCAGCUGGCUGCAGAGCAGUCAAUGGCAUCAGUUGGCUUCUGUGUGGUGACCACAAUCAAAAGAGGUUAUCCUCCGGAGGAUGCAACACACAUUGCUUUGAGGACAGUGCGGCGGUUCUUGGAGAAUCAUGGAAACAGCAUAGAAACGGUGGUGUUUGCGGUUUCAGACACAGAGGAGUCUGUGUUCAAGAAGUUACUCCCUCUGUACUACCCACGCUCUGAGGGAGAAGAAAAGGCUUGCCUACCUCUCAUCCCAGCUGACAUCGGCAAUUCUGAGGGUGAACCAGUGGUUCCAGAAAGACGGAUCCGCAUCACAGAGAAACCAGGAAGCAUUGAAGAUGAAUGUGAAGAGGACAGCCUGGAGUUGGAUCUGGGUCAGGUUGGGACUCACGCCUUCGCCCGGAUGGAGGGCGACGUAGACAAACAGCGGAAACAGAUUUUACAGGGACAGAUGUCUGAGGCAGCCAUGCAGAAGCAACACCAGAGAAACUACGGUCGCUGGCUGUGUCGAGCGAGAGCAGAGGACCUGUCAGACAUCGCCGCGCUGAAAGCGUUGUACCAGACUGGCGUGGAUAUAUGUGGCAGGACGGUGAUGGUCGUGGUUGGACGAAACAUCCCCGUGACCCUCAUUGACCUUGAAAAGGCGCUGUUGUACUUCAUCCAUGUAAUGGACCACAUCACAGUGAAGGAGUAUGUUAUGGUUUACUUUCACACGCUGACCGGAGAGCAUAACCAUCUGGACACCGACUUCCUGAAGAAACUCUACGACAUCGUUGACGUCAAGUAUAAAAAAAAUUUGAUGGCUUUCUACUUUGUACAUCCAACAUUCCGCUCGAAGGUUUCAACAUGGUUCUUCACCACUUUCAGUGUAUCUGGCAUGAAGGAAAAGGUCCGCUACCUCGACAAUCUGCAACAGCUCUUCACCUGCAUCAAGCCUGAGCAGCUCGAUAUCCCUCCAUUUGUCUUGGAGUACGAUGCACGAGUGAACGGAGCCUACCAUCAUUCAGAGGCUUCCGGUCUGUGACACGAGUCCAAUCGAAUCUUUCUGUCCAAGUGGCGAAGUGGUGGAUGUCUUUUCUGGACAUGAAGUUUUCUGUGUGGUCUGACCUCCAACCUCCUCUUUAAGGCUUUGAACCUCAGCUGAGGAAACUCUUCUUUUGUUCUGUUCCUGCCAAAAAAGACCAAAUUAAGAGUCGCAGUGCACAUAUAGCACGGCGCGGUCUGGUGAGCAAUCAUUGUUACUCACCACAGACUAUUUUUGGAUCUGGCAUGGCUCCUGGAUUAUGCCUUAUACUGAGAGACUUACUCAGCAGUUUUGUCAUACUGCCCAAAAUAUGAAGUAUCACAUCAUAGCUGGCACUUAACUCAAAGGCUUCCCUGUGAUGUGGUCGUAUCAGACAUCCUCGCCCAUGUCUCAGAAGAUGGCUUUUCAAAUGCUGGAGUGAUACGGGGAGUGCCUGUUUGGAUUUCUACACCACACGGAGCGGCAGAAAGUCUGCAGUAAAGACAAACAUUGGGUUUUGCUCAGCCGGAAGUUUUUCUCCACCUGUUUCAGCGUAAUAUGAGACCGUGAGCGCCAGCAGUCCAAACCGGAAAAUUCCAGACAAACAUUAAUGCCAGGGAGAUUUUCUUUGAUUAAAAGCACAUGUCAGCUAGCUAACAUUCAAUUUACAUCACAAGGUCAUCUUCAUAUUUUGUGAACAUGUGAAGUUAGCUUAGUUUGGCACAGAGACUGAAAGAGGAAGCAGAAAGGCUCAGCUUAAGGUGUCAGAGUCACUUCAGCUGUAGCGUCAUACAUUAAGUUAAAUUCACAAAUAUUAGAGGGAGAUGCCUCUUAUCGUCACCAUUUCCCAGAUAUGUAGAUCUGUUACUAGAAGCAGUGCUGAAGUACUUCUGCUUAGCAUUAGCAAUGUAAAAAGCCCUGUUUGUUUUCCAGUAGCUUUAUGGUGGGCCUGAAAGGAAGCAGGGCAUGUGUGCCUCUACCAAACUUGUUAGCACCGUGUCACUGAAACGCAUAUUUAACCUCACACAUUUAACAACAUAUGCCUAACAUUAACUGCUUCCGAUCUUUGACUGUUCUAACUUAAAUACUAUAAAACACGUUAAUUUUCCUGUUUCUGGAGAUGGAACAUUUGUAACUGUUUCUUGAAGCAGUAACUGGAAUCAUUAAAAGAAAUUGGCCACUAAACAGUGAUACAGUUCUAAUAAGGCAGUGCCUCUGUAACCCACAACAGUGGAAACAUGAUGUGCAAGUGAACCUAAAUUACACAAGUCAAGUCAUGAGGAGUCCUCACUCUCACAAGCCGCCGUGAAGGAAAGUUUUUAACUAUUUUUUGUGCUUUUGUGUCAAAUCGCUCUGUUACUCAGUCACUAACUCCUUUGUUUGCACAGCUCGCUUCACUUUACGUUGUCGUCUGUAGUUUGAUUUAUCUUGGACUGCCACAUGUGUGGGUGUCCAGGUCAAAUGGAGUGAAGUAAACUCUGAAAGCAUUUCUGAUUGUCUGAACCUUCGAUCAGUCAUGAUGUAGCAGGACCCCCGCAUGUGUGGUAGCCCAACACUGACACUAUCACCAUAAAUCGGGGGGGGGGUUUCCCCUGUGUGUAGUUCUACGUUCAUCCAGGCCAAACAUCAGGAACUCUGCAUGAUUGCAUUUGAACUGUGUUGGCUGCAUGGAAACUCUAACCUUGAAAUGAAAGCGGGGAUGUUAUUUAACACUAGCACACAGAGUUCAGCUUCUAACUUUUGAGGUUUCAGAUAAUGUGAUGUGCACACUGGUGGGGGGUAUAUAUCUCGUGUCACUUACUCCAGGAGCUUCUGUUUACUGUGUUUGUAGGGCUCCUUCUAAAAUCAAUAAUAAAUGCCCUCGUGAGGAAAGCAUGCGCAGUCAGAUUGAGCUGUUUAAUGUCUUUUGUUGUUUUCCUCAGUGCUUUGAGUUCCAUCCAGUGAAAUGAGGAUAGUGUUCCCUCCUUUGACAAAAUGAAAUGUGCUGUCACUGUUUUACCUUCAGCUGAAUCGGUCAGCACAGACUUGCUGUUAGAACUGUGAUUAUAUCAGAAUGUGCAUCAAUGAGCCAAAAUAUCUGUGUGUAGAUGUUUGGGGGAGUUUUUUAUCAUUUUAAAGUGAUAUGUGGAGGGCCUGGCGUUUGACAUCCUCUGAGCUUUACAGGAAAUGAUGUCAUUCAUGUUUAAAUUUCCUUACUUUUUGUUUUUUAAACACUUUGAUCAUAAGAAUUUUUUUUUCUUGAUAAUAACGGGCUUAGACUAUCCUUUUAGAAAAGAGCUGGUUGUAUUGUGGAAAGUAUUUAAUACCUGAUGAAGAAUAAAGAUUGAUUUUGGUGCUGUAGAAACGUUUGUUAUGUUUUCAAAGUGACUUUUCUGCUU